CUACCCGACACCACCGUAUCCAUCACCAUCAUCUCCACCCCUGCCGCCGCCACUUCAGCAACUACUUCCCUGAGAUUGAUCCGUUCUCCGCUAGAUGCUCCACUGUCUCAUCAAAACUCUAAAAAUUGAUGAACAGAUUUGGCUGCCGAGUAAUGAAACCAAAACUCUUGGUUUCCUAGCACUAGACCGCUUCACAGUUCUCGAUUUCCUAGCACCAUUGUCGGCUAUUUCUUAUUCGAUUUCAAAGUAAAGUAAACUGAAAAACACCCCUAAAUCGGAGAUUGACCCAAUCUUUUUUAAUGGCGGUUAUAAGGUUUUGGGGGUGUUAACCACAUGUUAACCUAAUCAAAAUAAAUCUUAAUGAAAAAAACCCUUGAAAUCAAAUAAUCCUAUUAAAUUAAAAUUUCAAGUUGUAUUGGCUAUUGAAAAUACUCUGCAUUGAUAUAUAAUCCGUUUGCACUUUCUCUCUCUCUACUCGCUCUCUCUGACUGACGUAGUGUUCUCGGAGUGAUUUCGUCGGUGUUUUCUUCAUCGGUGAGCUGUUAAUUCUCAUUGCUGAAGUUUCUUCUCAUCUAUUUCCGCAGUCUUAAUGGGAGCAUCAUCCAAACCGGAUCGAUUGAAAGAUGUGAAGGUGAAACCUCCAGACAAAAGUGUUGCGUCCGGUAUAGUAGAUCGGAUGUCGAUGUGAAUGAAAUGGUACUUCCAGGUGUUAUUGAGAAGACUUCUGCAGCUCUUUACAGAGCUCGACGUAAACCAAGUGUGAAGGGAGCUGUUGCUACUGGGAUUGGGAAGGCUGGAUGGAAGAUGGAGGGUAAAGCUUUCAGAGUUAAGAAUCGGGCAAGGAAAGUUAUGGAUCGUGCAUCUCCAAUGGAUGCGGAAGGGUAUAUUGAGGAAUUUGAGACUGAAGAUGAAACGGAGCAGGAAUCAGGGAGUGAAUGGAUAUGGGAAUCUGAUUCGAGUAGUCAACUAAUAGCCAAUAAGGAGUAUCACAAUAAGGAGGAUAUGAAGGCUGAAGGCAAUCAGAGUUUAGCUGGGGGAAAGCAAUCUAUCUGUCCUAUGAUUCAGAUACCUUCAGGUAACACAACUCUAUCGACUAAAAAUUGGGAGAAUCCUUUAAUUGGGGGUGAUUUGUUAAGCCCUAAUUUUGAAAUGAAUGCCAUUACUAAUCAAAUGAAGAUUGUUAAUUCAUCGAUUGUGGUUAGUGAGGUUACUGAAUCAGGCCCUGUGAGUAUUGUUGAGUGUAAUGCUGAUACUACUUUUAAGGGCAAGGAGGAUAAAACUCUGAAGGAUAAUACUAAUUGUAGCAAUUUAUUUGAGGAAUUUGAUCCGAAGGUGGGAUUUACUUUUCUUAAUGAUCUUAAGAAGAAGCAAAUGGAGUUGGAUAAAAAUUUGAAGACUAAUGAAGCUGGGGUGAAUAAUAAUGGAAAUAACAGACUUGAACCUAGUGUUUAGUGGGAUGAGAAUGGGAAUUUGAUAAAUAUGAAGGAGGGUAUUAGACGAGUCGGUAUGGUCCAACAAGAAGCAACGGGGGGUGAGAUGGCACCCCUCAACGCCGUUAUGACACGGGGAACACCGCCCCCUGCUCGUUGUUUCUCGUCGAGGUGAUUCUCGUUGGAGUGGCGACGGGAAGAAACGAAGAAAAAUUUAAAAAAAUGACCGUUUGAUUUGCUAUGGUUUGAAAAAAAAGUUAAUUAUUAAAAAAAAAACAUUUUAUCCUAUAAAUACUCUCAUUUUAUUUAAAAUUUUCACACGCUUUUUCUUAUCCUCUCUACAUACUUUCAAUUAUCUUCAAAAAAAAUAUGGAUCCUUUCGACUCGUCCGAUGAUUCAGAUGACGAUAUUUUCUUUAGGAUGAUGUAUCAUUAUUACACUACCGACUUGCUACAACCAGACCCAGCCUCGCUACUAACAAGACGUGCGAUGUUAAACAGAAAUCGCGAGGAAGGACACGAACAUCUAUAUUGUGAUUACUUUGCGGAUAAUUGUGUAUACGGGGCGAAGGACUUCAAAAGAAGAUUUCGUUUGAGUAGGGAUGUGUUCUUACGAAUCGCCAACACCUUGGAAAGCCGGUACGAAUUUUUUCAAUUAAGAUAUGAUGCUAGAGGUAGACGGGGGUUUACAACGUUGCAGAAAUGUGCUGCGGCCAUUCGUUUGAUGGCUAUGGGGGAGUCACCCGACACCAUGGACGACUAUAUGAGAAUGUCCGAAAGAACCGCAAGAGAGAGUUUGUAUACAUUGUCAAGGGGUGUUGUUGAAACUUUUGGAGACGUGUAUUUGCGGAAACCUUCGUUGCAUGAUUUGCAAGAAUUGUAUGCGGUGCAUGAAGAACGUCAUGGGUUUCUCGGAAUGAUCGGAAGCAUUGAUUGCACACACUGGAAAUGGAAAAAUUGUCCGAUAGCAUGGAAAGGGCAAUACACAAGUGGUCAUCACGGAUCACCUUCAUUGGUGUUAGAGGCUGUCGCUUCUCAAGAUUUAUGGAUUUGGCAUGCAUUUUUUGGGGUUGCGGGUUCCAACAACGACGUCAACAUUCUUGAUCAGUCGCCAAUAUUCGACGAUCUUUUGAAUGGAAAAUCCCCGGAUGCUCCUUUCACGGUGAAUGGAAACGAAUACAAAUAUGGCUAUUACCUUACAGAUGGAAUAUAUCCUCAGUAUUCCACAUUCGUGAAGGCAUUCCGUCACCCGGUUGAAGAACGAGACAAAUUUUUUAAGAGAAGACAAGAAGGAGCACAUAAGGAUGUGGAACGUGCUUUUGGAGUGCUGAAGGCGAAGUGGCAUAUAGUUGAACAUGCAGCACGGCCAUUGGAUUUAGAAACUUUACGAUAUAUCAUGUAUGCAUGUAUCAUAAUGCAUAACAUGGUAGUAGAAGAUAAAGGAAGAAAUAUUGCACACUAUAUCCCAACAGAGCCCAGACACGUUCAGUUUCAACCAGGAACAACAGAUUAUUUGCAUCGCGUUGUUGACAUUCAGGACGCAAAUAAACACAGACAACUUCGAGAGGAUUUGGCGGAUUAUAUCUUCUAUGGUAACAAUAACGAUAACGAAUAGCGUUGUUUUUUUUUUUUGAAUUUAAAUGUUAUUUCUUUUUUUGUUUUUGAAUAUUAUGUGUAAUUUAGCCUUAAUGUUAAUUUUAAUCUUUAAAAAUUUUUAAUUUUUUUUAUAAUUUUUAAACAUUAUGUUUUAUUUAUUAUUUAUAUUUAAAAAAUAUUUGUAUCAAUUUAAAAAAAAUCGAAAUAAAUGAAAAAUAAAUUAUAAAAUGAAAAAA